AUUUCCACCUACUUUGUCACCAGCUCCCAACUAGUGGUUUAUAAGAUACAUUUCAUACGUGUUUAUGAACAACAAAUAUUAGUUAAAAUGCUCGUCAAAAUAGGAGCAAUUUUAGUGUGGAUUUGUGUGUGUGUUGAUGUGACUCAUCAGGAAACAGAAUUUGAACAACAAUCAUUGGUUUCCUAUACAAAUUGCAGAGUGGAUUCAGACUGCCAUCAGAAGAGCAAUCAUUCAUUUUGUUUCGAUAACGAUCAAGAAAAAAUAGGAAGAUGCAAAUGUUUAGAAGGAUACGAACUGUUCAGCAGAAACAAGACUUCUUUCGCAUGCUUAGGGUCUGCAGGUUAUGGAGAGCAAUGUGAAAGAAACGUACAAUGCCAACUGAGUUUAACGGAAAAUGCCGAGUGUUCUGAUGGCCUUUGUCGAUGUAAAGAAAAUUCACAUUUAUUCACCGACAAAAAAUGCUAUGUCUCUGUUGUACUGGGCGAUUUUUGUCGCGGAGACAGCAAUUGCUGGCUGAACGACGGCACGUUCGGCAAUUGCAACAAUGGCAGAUGCGGGUGCAAAUUCGACAGGCAAGUGCCGGCAUCUGACCGCCAAAGCUGCGUCGACGGGCGUCGUUUGGCAGAGUCCUGCAACAACGACGCUCAAUGCGGCGUCGUCCCGAACUCGGUUUGCCGAGUGACAUGCACGUGCGCGGCGAAUUAUGCGCUUUCCAGAGACGAGAAGAAGUGCCUGAGGGUUGCUACGGAGUUGGGCGAUCUCUGCGAAGAAAACGAGCAGUGCUCUUCAUUCCUGAAGGGCACUGUUUGCAGCCGCGGAAGAUGCGAAUGCCCAGCAGGACAACACUUUUACAGCAAUCGCUGUACCAGGACGGCCCUGCUAGGACAGUCCUGCGAAAACCAUGAGGAAUGUUUGCCCAACGAGGGGUUUUCCGGGGUAAUAGAGUGUUUUGGGGGUGGGUGUCGAUGUUUGCCGGGGGUGGUUAAUGAAACCGUAGGGUGUAAUGGUUCGUUUGGUGUUCGUGCGAGUAUUUUGACUGUAUUUUUGACUUUUAGUUUUUAUACGAUAUUUCAAUAAAAUUCAACGAUAAGACGAUAGGGAUUGUGUUUUAUUGGUAUUCUACUUUAUUCAA